CUAGGAGGCCAUUACCAAGUUGGGUAGAUCCUGUUCCUCAAAGUGACCCAGUCGCAGAGAUACGAUUUAAAAAUGUUUGUGUAGGCGGAGCUCUGAUUGACAUGGAGGACUGUAUCUGCAGUGGUCGCCAAAUAAAUAUACUUACUUUUAAAAAGAUGACAAACCGGUGCAAAGAAAUGUAUGUGCCCGGCGGCAAGAAUAAAACUCUCAAUGAGAUUGAACAAAUAUAUUGGGAAAAGGUUCUUGAUGCAGAAGAACAUAUUUGUAUCAAUAACGCAUCAAUUGACACGGGUGAAGGAGGGCAUGGUUUCACAAAAGACCAACGCGACUCCUAUGGGAAACAUCCGUGGAAUUUGAAGACGCUUACUCAGAACAGUUCGAAUAUGCUUAGAUUCAUGGGACCUGUACUGGGGGCGACAUUACCCACACUGCAUCUCGGAAUGAUAUUCUCUACGCACUGCUGGCACAGGGAUCCACACAACUUGCCGUGGAUAGAAUAUAUGCACAGUGGACCUGGCAAAAUUUGGUACUUUCAUAUUUCUUCAAUCCUUAGCUCACAUAUUUAACUUUAAGAUUAGACGGUCUUGAGUCUAUCCU